GUGAUGAAGGCAUUGUGCUACAGUGCCAAGCUGGUAGCCGGUUACCAUGCCAGCCGCAAUCCCGAGUUAGCAAAACGUUAUGCUAUUACUAGUUCACGUAUUUCGGGAGCGCGCGCCACCCUCCGCCUCAUCGAUGAUAUCCCAAUGAUACAAUAUGCCUUAGAAUAUGGCUUGGGCGCACAGGAACCAGAUCGGCUAAUGGCAGUGCUGGGGGUAACAGCAAAUAUAGUGGAUUUGCUGUAUUAUCCGAUUGAGAAGAUUUGCUGGCUGUCCGAGCACAAUAUCAUAGAUGUUAAAAACGCAGAUGCUUGGGACGUGCUGAAUUCGUCUUUUUGGGUUCUUUCCAUUUACUUGAAUUUAAUGAGAACGUUGCGAAAUUACUCAUUAAACCAACAAAAGGUGAAUGAGGCGAAUGUGGCUAAAACCCAUGUAAAUGAAAAAUUACUCAAAAAACAUCGCCUAGAACUACUCUCCGUACUUCGACUGUCACUUGAUUUCGCCCAUGCCGUCAGCACUCUACCAAAAGGCUAUCUUUGGGGAGGCAAAUUAUCCACAUUCCAAGUGGGUGCCAUUGGCACACUCUCAGCAGCGAUUGGUAUUUAUCAACUAUUAGCCAAACGACGCUUAAACAAAUAAAACACAUAUAAAGUUCCUGUAGACACAUGCGCUUAUAUUGACAUAUGAAUACGUACAUACACCCUGUGUCAAAAUGAUAUAUUCAGGCAGAUCCCGAAUUACACUUCCGAGUGAAUUUCAACCCCAUACAAAUUCAAUUCAAAGUGACUGGUUGAAAUCGAAUUAAAAAACUUGAAAUUAUGACGAAAGUUGGAUUUAUACAGGUUUUGUUAAAGAAUAAACUAUAUUUUUUAUAAAAAAUAACAAUAAUUAAAUAACAAAAUAAAUUCUUAAAACUUGUAAAUAUGUGGUGCGCAUAUAAUUUUGCCACGGGGUGUGCUUUCAUUGAGACAUAUCGUUUUGUUAUUAUACACCACAGUAUAUGAACAUAUGUAAGUAUAUUAAUGGUGAUUUCGUUUCUUUCAAAAAAUGUUGCCCUUCGAUGGUGCAAAAUGAGUUUUUUGUUAAACUCAAACCUGUAAAAGGGCCUGUUUUGCCUCCUUUUCCUUGUCAAUCUCACUCAUUUCAUAAUAUUGCCAUUUUGAGUAACUAUCUGAUUGUCAGGGACACUAUCUCUCUCUCCUCACAAAGCUUCAAAGGGCAGAGAAUGUGCAUUUUUUUUGCCUUACAAGAGUGUGAAAUUUUAAGAAACGAACAUAAAAUUUGCUCACCGUUGUUUGCCUUUAUUUUAGAAUCGAACACGAUAAGAGAAAGGGGCAAUCAAAUGGCGACGUUUUUUAUUAGAAACGAAAACACUAUAAGUGAUAUUUGUUUUAUAUUUUAUGUGAUUUGAUAUUUGCGCCACGCGAAUGAAACAAGCAAAAGACAAAACUGAAUUUGUUUGCAAAUGUAUUUAUAUGUAUUAUACUAAUAACCUUAAGUAUAUCCUUGAGGAAAUGAUGUAACUCAAGGCAAUCAAUGACAAUGCAAUCUUGGCCUUAUUAAAAAAAUUAUAAUCGUG